AUUUUUAUGAACAACUGCACUAACAAAGUUUAAGCCUUAUCUUUGACAUUUCAAUUAUGCUCAAGUAGUUAAUGUUCUAUGCAGUUCAUAUGGACAGAAUUUGAUGACUAGCACUUACAUUGGGGAAACAGUCUUUUGUAUUUCCGUGUGUAUCAUUGGUUUAAUUCUAUUUUCUCAUUUGAUUGGGAACAUGCAGACUUACCUACAAUCUCUGACGGUGAGACUUGAGGAGUGGAGGAUUAGAAGAAGAGAUACAGAAGAAUGGAUGAGGCAUCGGCAGUUACCACCAGAUCUGCAAAGACGUGUUCGUCAAUUUGAGCAAUACAAAUGGCUGGCCACCAGAGGAGUGAAGGAAGAAUCUAUCUUGAAAUCCUUACCGCUGGAUCUUCGUCGUGAGAUUCAGAGACAUCUUUGUCUUAACCUCGUUCGCAGAGUUCCAUUCUUUGCACAGAUGGAUGAUCAACUGCUUGAUGCCAUCUGUGAACGGCUAGUGUCAUCUCUGAGCACAAAAGACACGUACAUUGUGCGGGAGGGUGAUCCGGUGAGCGAGAUGCUUUUCAUCAUUAGGGGCACACUCCAAAGUUCCACAACCAACGGAGGAAGAUCAGGAUUCUACAAUACUUAUGACCUCAGGCCCGGAGACUUUUGUGGGGAGGAGUUACUCACAUGGGCUCUACUCCCCAACUCUUCACUAAACCUGCCUUCCUCAACUCGCACCGUGCGAACACGGUGUGAGGUUGAGGCAUUUGCGCUUCGCGCUGAGGACCUUAAGUUCUUCGCCGUUCAGUUCAAACAUCUCCACAGUAAGAGGCUGCAGCAUGCCUUUCGGCACUAUUCUCAGCAGUGGAGGACCUGGGGCGCCUGCUAUAUCCAAUCUGCAUGGAGAAGGUACAAAAAGAAAAAGUUGGCCAAAGAGCUGUCUUUGCAUGAGACAGGCUAUUAUCAAUAUAUGCCGCCCACGGAAUUAGCUGGUGUAGACAAUGAAUCAUCAUCAUCAUCAUCAUCAUCAUCAUCUGGAGGUUAUGAUGGUGUGGACACUCAUGCACCGCAGCACAUUGGACCCACAAUUUUGGCCUCCAAAUUUGCAGCAAAUACAAGAAGGGGGGUCAUGCAAAAAGUUAAGAUAACUACUCCUGCACCUUCAUCAUCCAGUCUCAAAAUGUCACAACUAUGUAAACCAGAAGAGCCUGAUUUCUCUAGCUCUUAAAUGAUAAUCUAAUAUUCACUUGUACCUUCAUCCCUCAUACACAUUAGAUUGAAGAUGUCUGACUUCCUUUCUUUAGAAUAUAUAAGAAUUUUGACUGCUAAAGUCUGUUGUAUAGGGUAAUUUUAUUCUUCUAUUUGUAAAUCAUUGCAGCGUCUAGGUUUUGG